AUGCUUCACAUUUUUAAGUUAGUUCAAGCUGCAGACUGUUACCGAGAUGUAUUACGUUCAACUGAAAGUCUCGAAAGGCAUCAUGGUAUUCUCGCUGACUGGAGUCAACGACUUCAUUCAGUAACAAAUUUACACUGGUUAAUUGAAAGUAAAAAAGUUCCACUAUUAGAUGAACCUUUACCUGUUCUACCGAAUAAACCACCACCGUUAUUGCAAAAUGCUUCAUGCUCUGUUGUUUCAAUCAAUACUAAAAAAUACGAAGAGUUUAGUCUUGAAGGAUUAGAUCCUCGUGUGGAUAGAGAUCUGCAGGCUAAAGCUGAACGCAUGCGAACUACAUAUAUCCAAAUGCAUUCUCAAUUACUCGCCAAAGUACGUGACAGCUUAGAUCCAAUUGUAACACAAUUAGAUGAUGAAUUUGAUUAUCACAGAAGAAAUAGAACUAGUGAUCAGCUAACGGAGAAAAUGGCUGCUAUAGACGCUGGAGGAUGGCUUAGUUGGCUUACAGAAGCCAUAGACUGGCUUAUUGCUUCAGGUUUAGGCAACAGUUUGAUUGAUAUGCUUAUAGCAAGUUUUCAAAGUACACCACAUAUGAAUCGAGGUGGAUUCAGGUUAGUGUGA